GAAGGUAAUACAGUUCGUGACAGUUUCAGAAGAACGAAACUUUCCAGUAUUUUUUUCUGAUUCUCUCGAGGUGCAGUAGAAUUGCUGCGUUCUCACUUGGAAGAUCGUUCAGUAGAACUGCUCCAUUCUCACUUGAAAUAUAGUUUCGAUUGUUCGCGGAUUGUUGUCGGGUCGUGCAUCAAGAGCGAGAAUAAACGUGGUCCUCUCUUGUCGACCAUUAUUUUUUUCCUUGUGAUAAAGUGACACAGUGCGGGCAUCACGGCACGGGCGAAUAAAACCGUUGUGGUAUGAACCUUGUUGUUACGCGUGCAAUCAUUCAGAGGACGCGGGGAUCGUACGGACCUCGCUCGCGUUUGCAGCACGCGAUGAAACCUCCCAAGCGGAAGAGCUUUGUUGGCACGUUUUGGUAUCUGCCGUUAUUUUUUCAGUUUGUUACGUCAUGGUUGUAGAGGGCCAGUACGAAGAUAAAAGGUAGAUAUGAUAGCUAGAUACGUAUUGCAAGUACCUUCGAAGGUACGAAGGUACUAGGAGGUCUUUUUAGAUACUUCCUAUUUUAUAGUGUGACUCGUGCUGUGUCACGUUAUUCCGUGUGGGCAUUUCAGUCAAUGGCUAGUGAAUUUAUAAGAGCAGUUGUACUUUCGUCCGGAAGUACAUAUAUACAACGUACCUUCAAAGGUGCAGUACCCUCGGAGGUACGACGUAUAGUUGUAGAUUUGUAGAUACUAUUUUUACAACGUCAUGUCUUUCUC